CAAAAAGUGGCACUGCUGUUCCACCCGCGAGCGGCCGGGAGACGCCUUGAUCACUCACGGAUCCGUCCUGAAAGAGAGGGAGACACAGAACGAGAGAGAGAGGGAGAAAAAAGCAGACUCAGACGAACAGAGGCGGAAGAAUUUCCCGCAAGUCAUAGAACUCAUACUUACUUGGCCAAGAUUUGAGAUUCAGUCCCAGUGAGGCUUGAAUUAAAGGCUUGGAACCUGUGCCAGUGAAUCCGGGGAAGGGAUCCGUUGCACUCGUCGGACCUGGAAGCGUGCGUGAUUGCGAGUGAGCCUUGAGGUUAAUCCCCGCACCCCCUCCGAUCGUCCCAUCAUGUCGACACCGGUGGUGGUUUUAGACCGUGGCAAUAAUACGACUUGCACCAUCAACCUCCACGGCUGUACCAUCGUCUCGUGGCGGGUGAACAAUCAGGAACAGCUGUUUGUCUCCAAGCGAUCCGUUUUCGAUGGGAAGAAGCCCAUUCGCGGGGGUAUUCCCUUUGUGUUUCCCAUCUUUGGCGGGCCCAUGGGGCCUGGACCCAUGCCGCAACACGGAUUCGCACGCAUUGCCAGAUGGUCCCUGGAAAAGGGACCGGAUCGACUCCACACAGGGGAUGUGGAGGCCAUCUUCUCGCUCACCGAGUCAGACAUGACGAGAUCCAUGUGGAACUGCUCGUUCAAGGUCUCCUACAGAUUGAUCUUGCGGGAGAAGGAGCUUCACAUGAACGUGGUGGUGUUCAAUCCAAGUAAAGAGGUUCCCUUCAGCUUCAAUCUGCUUUUCCAUACGUACUUUAAAUGCCCAGAUGUCAGAAGGUGUCAGGUCACAGGCCUGGCUGGAUGCACUUUUAUCGACAAGACUCGAGAGCCUCCAAACACAUACCAAGAAUGUAGGGAUGUGGUCACUAUAAACGAAUGGACGGAUCGUAUCUACACCCACACUCCGCCCGAGCACAUCAUUACCAACGUGGUCUCCGGGCGGAAAAUGCGCAUCCAGAAAUACAACUUCCCGGAUACAGUCAUUUGGAACCCAUGGGACAAGGCCAAGGACAUCCCAGAUUUUGGUGACGAUGAAUAUCCCAACAUGAUUUGUGUUGAGAGUGGAACUGUGUCCAAUCCCGCCACCGUGAUGCCGGGGGGUUGCUUUGAAGCCAGCCAAGUUUUGCAGGUGAUGUAGGGUCCUUGCUGUGGGAGUCAGUAAUGUUUCGCUCGGGUGGUAGCUGAAAGUUAAGCCCUUGCCCUGCUCUUUUUGAUUCAACUGCUUCAAAAUGUCCACUUUUGGACCCGAACUAGAGGAAGGAGUUAAUGUUAGUUGAUGUUCCUAGAACAUUUCCUUUCGGACGGGUUGACUUUGUCAGUCAUCCGGAACCGGUGAGCCUCGUUAAUAAUCACUAAACAAAGAAAUAAAACAACCUAUCCUUUCGAGACACAGUCCUGGGCAUUCGGAAGUGCCAUUUUCCUAUUACACACAUUGAACGAACAACUAGUUGAAUAACAUCCUAGCUCAUGCUGCCACUUUUUUCUUCUCCACAUCCUUCAACCAACCGCAUGUACAUAGAAAAAACAAAAACGAAAACGUUCCUCCCUUGCAAAAGUAAUCAAAAAAUACCCAACAACCCAUAAACUCAAGCAUUACCCUUCCCCUUCUAUUCAAUCUGCUACAGUAACUCUACUAUUUCGAUUCUUAAGGUACGUACGUAAGUUUUGAUUAAGCGAAUACCUCAUCCAUGUCAGAUACAGCUAUUCAAAGCCAAGGUUUCUGUGUUUUUGCCCCGACCAUUCUUCUUGGAAAAAAUCUUAACACUUCUUCCCUCCCCACUUCCAUGAAAUGGAAUGUUGUGCACCCCUCCCCCCUCCAAUUAUUUCUUUUGCUUCUUCACAUUGCCCAUCCAGAAAAAGAGACUUUCUGUUACUGAGGAUUUUCCGGCCUUUUUUCUGACCUUACUUGUACGUGCAUAACGGUUGUAUGAACAUAACUGCGAUUGAUAGAAUUCAAGUCAUCUAAUGAUUUACCACGCAAAAUCAAAUAAUAAUGAUAAUAAUCAACGACUUUACGAUAUGAGUAGCUUUGCCACCUCCUUAUGACAUAUUAAACCAUCUCUUACUGUAAUACCACUCGAAAAAAUUAUUAUAGAAUGAUCGCCAUUCUAAAACACAAUUAUUGUUCAAUGAAUGAAAUAAAGAAAUAAAGUAUG